AUUACUUCAUUGUUUGAACAAACUUCGUUCUGGUGAAUGCUAUGGCGGUGAGAGGUUUAUUGUUGUUGAGUGCUGUUCUGGCGGCCACGUCGGUCACUGUAGAUGGCACGGCCGAGGUGAUGAGCCAUGUGACAGCUCAUUAUGGAAAAUCAUUGGAAGAAUGCCGUAAAGAGACAGGCCUCUCUAAAGAAAUCCUCGAAGAAUUCAAGCACUUCUGGAGCGAUGACUUCGAGAUAGUUCACCGUGAGCUCGGCUGCACCCUCAUCUGCAUGUCGAAUAAAUUUGCACUCUUACAGGAUGAUGCAAGGAUGCAUCACAUUAAUAUGAAUGACUACGUAAAAGGCUUCCCCGAAGGUGAUGUACUAGCAGACAAGUUGGUUCAAAUGAUCCACAAAUGUGAGAAGGAAUAUGACGACAUUAAGGAUGACUGUGACCGGGUGGUGAAGGUCGCAGCCUGCUUCAGAGCUGACGCUAAGAAGGAAGGCAUCGCCCCAGAGGUCGCUAUGAUAGAGGCCGUCAUGGAACAGUAUUAAAUCUUCUGACCUCUUUAACCGGAACCCUGGCUGGCCAUUAUGAUUAUGAUUUCGGUCUCUAGUUAUUAAAUUAUUAAUUAAACAAAUACAUUCUGA